ACCUCUUAAAAACUAGAAGUUAAAAAAGAGGGAAAUUUUUUUUUUUUAAAUAACUUGAAGAAAAAUGGGUGGUUAUUACUACCCAACAUGGCCUGAAUUUAACAAGAAGCCAAUCACACCACAAAUCAAGGGGUCUCAAGUCAUUGCUUUCCACUCUUCAACAAAAUGGAAGCUCCAUUUUGAUUCUUUGAAAGAUACAAACAAAUUGGUUGUUAUUGACUUCACAGCUACAUGGUGUGGUCCUUGCAAAAACAUGGAUCCAAUUAUCAAUGACUUUGCUUCCAAAUAUACAGAUGUUGAGUUUGUCAAGAUUGAUGUUGAUGAAUUAGUUGAUGUAGCUCUGGAAUACGAGGUUCAAGCUAUGCCAACGUUCGCGUUGAUGAAGAGAGGGAAGGUUGUUGACAAGAUUGUGGGAGCAGAUAAAGAUGGACUAAAGAUGAAAAUUGAGAAACACAAAGCUAGCUUAUACUAAGCAAACCAAAGGGAAA